UGGACAUUUAUAUUUCUUAUUACGUGCAAAGUCAUUCUUUGAAAUGCGUGUUUUAUUUUCUAUUCUAUAAAUAUUAAAUAUUUUUUCUGUAGUGCUCGUUAUUGUAUGAGGUAUGACCUCAAUGAUUAAUCGACGUCCGUUCGUAAGUAAGUAAGGAGAAACCUUCCAGAUUCAAGGAUCCGUGCAUCAUCAACCAUCGGAAUUGCGGACCGAUAAUCGCAGAGAAUUUAAGGAACCAAGUGUGAAUUCUUUAUUUCGAGACGAUUUUUGUAUUCCUGUUUUGGCUUUGUAUCGUGUGAUUGUACAUGAUUUGAUACAACAAUAACGAACCAUUUUGUUUUCCCUUAGAAUUUGUCACUUAUAACACCUCACGUGCGUCAUGAAACCACAGAACAAAUGCUUCGGUCAAAGGUAUAUGUACGACUAUUAGUUCUUGGCUUGGCCGUUGGGACGUGGGUGCGCUGAGAUCUUGGAUCGCGUCUUUUACAUUACCUAAGUGGCAACGUUAGCAGUCCAUAGGUAUGUAGUCAAAGUUUCCAAGUGUCAAGUGUGCGGGUAUUUGAAAUACUAACCUGUCCGAUAAUUCAUGAUAAUCCUCGUGUCAGUGCGGUUUAAGAUCGACGACGUCGAUAAAUGCUUUUAUAAUUUAGAACACGUAAAAUGGGUCCUCCACCCGUAGUUACCGGGAUAUCACCCAAGGAAGGCCCACCGGGCACUCGGGUGAUAGUGCGGGGUGAAUUUUUAGGAGUCAAAGCUCAAGAUCUCAUAGGAUUGACAAUAUGUGGGUGCGAUUGUCUACUUUCGGCCGAAUGGAAAUCGUCGAACAAAAUAAUAGCAAGAUCGGGACCUUGCAAGGGUCGUGGCGACAUAAUAGUGACGACACGGAGUGGAGGACAAGGAACCUCGACAGUACAGUUUCGUGGUUAUCACGAGACCAUAGGCCCCAUGAAGGAGUCGGCGGUAUGGGUAGAGGAAGCUCCUAUGGAGAGUUUGGGUUGGGGUAGAAGAGCUCUGUCACCUACAAACUAUCAACAGGAAGAUCCUUUGGGGCUUAGCGUAGAAGGGAACGAUAAAAAAUUUCCCGAGGAUGAGUUGAUCGACCUUUUCGGAGAUGGGAGCGGCGAUCUCACAAGCGAGAAGUUUCAUCCAGGAUGGUUUUUAUUGCAACACCAUCAUGCCACAACUUUAGAAGACUUGAAAGCCGGUUUGGCUUAUCUGAGAAGGAAAGUCAAUUCGCAAAAGGAAGGACAGCUAUCAUUUCUAAAGGCUAAUGUGGGAGCAGUAAUGGAGCAACUUGAUACAAUAAUGUCGUUGAAAGAUCAGUUCGAAGCAGACAUGAAAAGUUAUGGAAACGAUCCUACGGAAAAAUUGGAGGGAGCUAUUAAGCAGUCUAUGUCGGAAGCUAAUAAGUUAUUCGACGAUGUACUAGCAAGAAGAGACAGAGCUGAUGCCACUCGUAACGCGCUAGCUGUUAUGCAACGUUACAAAUUUCUCUUUUGUAUGCCGAUAAAUAUCGAGAAAAACAUAAAGCGCGGCAAUUAUGAUCUCGUGAUUAACGAUUAUGCCAGAGUCAAAAAUUUGUUCAAGAAUACAGAAGUGGAAGUUUUUAGGAAAGUGCUGGAGGAAAUCGAAAACAGAAUUGCACAUUUUAAAGUACUGUUACAGAAAAAAUUAGAGGAGAUGCCGUUUAGCUUGGAGGAGCGUAAAAAGAUCAUCAGAAAUCUUGUCAAUCUCGAUGCCGAAGGUGAUCCAGCAUGGGAUGCAAUAGUUUCACACGCCAAUUAUUUAGAAAAAAGUGUUUUCAAUGCUGUACGUGAACAUUUGGAUAUAAGUAAAGUUAAUUGUGAGGAUGCCAAUAAAAUUUAUGCCAAGAAUACAUCGAUAAAUAUGAAGUAUUUACGCUCGCAGAAGAACGAUGGAAAUAAUAUACCGUCGCAAAUCUCGUGCGUUGAAGCAAUUUGUGAUAUCGUGGUCGAACAAUUGCCAGAUUUGUGGAGAUUAGGACAGAGUUAUUUUACAGGACAGUUACACGUGGCAGUAGAUACGGAAAAGCAAAGUCACUUUAAAAGCUUAGUUUUGUCGAGCAUGCAACACGCUAUGGAGGCCAUGAAAAACACAUGCAGUCAUGAUGUAGAAGCAACUUGGCUCUUACAUAUCUUACGUUGCGUUAGACAAAUGUACGCAUCUCUGAUACAUCUGGAUUUACCUAGCGAAGCUCUCGAUAUUUUCGGAUCGUUUAUAUUGGAGUUAAGGAUACAGUGUUUGGUUGCUCUCUUCAAACAAGGAGCGGACGAUAUAGCAGCUCUGAGCCGAAAGGAGACAUGGCAGAUAGAGUACUUAAACGAGAAUGGUGGUGUGACCAAACUGCCAUAUCUCUUUGAGGAAAUAGUCUUGGAAAUAUCGAAGCACGCACGCGAAACGGUAGUUGCUUGCGGUCCAAGAGAAGGACCCUUAUUCAAUGAUCCAACGCAUCAUAAUCUCUAUCAUAGUACCAUCAAGACAUUAUUCACAUCAUUCACGCGAUGUCUACAACAAUUGGCAUUUAGUGGUUGCGAAGAAGCCAUGGACAAUGACGAGACAUCGGUCUCACAAUUGGUCGGUUCGCCCGCUGGCUAUAAGAGUCAAACGGUUAAGCAUCAAGGACCGACGUGGGAGCAAUGUCUCUUAAUCUCGUUAAGUAAUAUACGAUACACGCUAAAUAUCGUUUUACCAAGAAUCGGAGACAUUCUGAAAGCUCAAGGCUAUCCGGAGCUGUCCAGCGCAGUCGGAUGGAACUCCGAUUGGACGCAAUUGGAGACGUUGGAUAGUGCGGUCCUGGACGCGUAUCUGGAACGCCGUUGCGACCCGCUAGUUGGCACGAUCGAGCCCAGCAUGUAUCUGGGCGGUUUGGAGUGGGACUUUGAUUCUGAGCCAACUCACCUGAAGCCGUAUGCCCAAGAGAUAUUAGCGAAUCUGAUCGCGGUGCACGCAGAGGUGCGUCGAGUCGCGCCAGCGUUAUUACAGCGGAUUCUGUCGCACAUAAUAGAGACUAUAGCGGAGGAACUCGCACGACUGAUGUCAUGCGUAACGCAGUUUCGUCCGGCUGGGAUUAUUCAAGCCCGAACGGACAUAAUACUCUUGAGAAACGCCCUACAGGCCUAUAGCACGAGUAGAGCCAGGAGUUUCUUCGAAGAGGCCCUAGACGCGAUACCUCAGCCUGUGAACAAGGAAGAUCGCUCACGGAUAGACGCUCUUCUGUCGAAAGUCACGACAUGCAUGCGACUGCAAUUGUCGUGUCUGGCCAGUGACAGCACGGGAAAUAUUCGUUAUCUGACGGCGGACCCCGAGCGUGUUACCACUGUAUAAUAUAUAAUGACCAAAGUAUCGUAACAAAAUAACACAGAUAUGCUGUAACUAUUAUUCACACACAUACACACAAUGUUCAUCAUACAAUAGACUUACGCAAAAUAGAUUUGGGACUCGAUGAAAAUAAAAUAAAUCUGUAAUAAUA